CGUCUGAAACUAAAUUUCACGGCGAUCCAACAACCAUGCUUGUGGAAAUGGGUAACCUACUGCUGGAGAACGCGUUAGAGACAGUACAAGAGCUCGGUUCUGGCACUGUGGCGCUGACAACGAUCGUCGUGCUGUUGGGUGUCACGUACUUCGGCAGGCAGUUCGUCAGCAGUGUCGGCAAGGCAGAGAAGUUGCCACCUGUAGUGCCUCACACUAUCCCAAUACUUGGUCAUGGUUACAACUUCUACAAGAACCCCAUCGGAUUUCUUGAGGAGGCAUACAAGAAGUAUGGCCCAGUCUUCACCAUCACCAUGGCAGGGUCAAAGUUCACAUACUUGGUAGGGUCUGACGCAGCAGCGACUCUGUUCAACAGUAAGAACGAGGACCUGAAUGCUGAGGAGGUGUACUCACGCCUUACCACACCUGUCUUCGGCAAGGGUGUGGCCUAUGAUGUUCCCAACCCUGUGUUCCUUGAGCAGAAGAAAAUGUUCAAGACCGGACUGAACAUCGCCAGGUUUCGCACUCAUGUCUCACUGAUAGAGGAGGAGACUAAGGAGUACUUCAAACGGUGGGGAGAUAGUGGGGAGAGGGAUCUGUUUGAGGCCCUGGCACAGCUGACCAUCCUUACAGCAAGCAGAUGUCUACAUGGUAAAGAGGUCCGUUCUAUGCUGCAUGAGGGGAUAGCACAGCUGUAUGCUGAUCUGGACGGAGGUUUUACUCAGAUGGCAUGGCUGCUCCCAGGCUGGCUGCCCCUCCCCAGUUUCAGGAAGAGAGACAGAGCCAACAGGGAAAUGAAGAAAGUCUUCAAAAAGAUUAUCCAACAAAGAAGGGAGUCUGGAGACUGUGAUGAUGACAUGUUGCAGACCCUCAUGGAGUCCACCUACAAGGAUGGCAGACCCCUGACUGAUGAUGAGAUAACGGGGAUGAUGAUUGGUCUCCUGAUGGCCGGUCAGCACACCUCGUCCACUACCAGCACCUGGAUGGGCUUCUUCCUGGCCAAACACAAGGACAUCCAGGCCAGAGCUUACCAGGAACAACUGGACAUCUGUGGAGAGGACCUGCCACCUCUUAACUAUGAUGAUCUGAAAGAGAUGGCCCUGUUGGACAAGUGCCUGGCAGAAACCCUGCGCCUGCGCCCCCCGAUCAUGACCAUGAUGAGGAUGUGCAAGACCCCCCAGCAGGUCAAAGGUUACACCAUCCCGGUCGGCCAUCAGGUGUGCGUGUCUCCGACUGUCAAUCAGAAACUGGAAGACACCUGGGAGGAGGCUGGGACUUGGAACCCUAACAGGUUUCUGGAAGGGAAUGCCAGUACAGGGAAAUUCUCCUACGUGCCAUUUGGUGCAGGCCGCCACCGCUGCAUUGGUGAGAACUUUGCGUACGUCCAGAUCAAGACCAUUUGGGCAGUGCUGCUGAGAGAGUUCGAGUUUGAACUGAUCGACGGACACUUCCCUUCCAUCAACUUUGAAACCAUGAUCCAUACCCCAUCACAAGCCAUCAUCCGUUACAAGAAACGAUAAAAGUUCAUACCACAGCUUAGCCUGAGUACCAUCCUUGUUGGUUUAAACUCACUCUCAUAUUAGUAUGUUGUCAAACACUAGUGAUAUAGGAGCAAGCCUAAACUAACAGGUAUGGUACCCAGGCUAAGACAAGUUGUUUUUAUGAUGUAUUAUGAUUAUGAAUAUACUUCAUACACUUCAUCUGUUAAAGUCUUAUGUCUGCCAUAGACAAAACUUCAAUACAGCCUAGCAAAGAUGACAAUAUUGUACUUUUAAGUUGACUGAUACAUUUUCAUACAGAAAGCAAUUGAGAUCACUAGUAUGUUACCAUUCCAUCUUCCAAGGGAAGUUCUAGAUAGCAAUGUUGAAAUGUUUUGAGAUUGAUGCUAUUUGUUACAUAGAACAUUCAAUUCUGCUUCUCUUUGCAAAAAAGUCACCACUAUCUACAAAUGGAUCUUUAGAAAAUUUUUGAUAUUUGAAACAUUGUCCAAUUGACAUACAGAUACACAUAGUUCAUGCGUAUAAACUAUAACCCUACCUGAUCGGGAACAACAGACGAGAAAUCGGUCAGUGAAGUUUGUGGUAAUAUUAUUUUCUAGCUGCAACAGUUGUGAUCUUGCAACUAUUGUGACAAUUCACGAAACAUGCAUUUCCAAUUCAGGGCUGUGCAUGACUCACCAAAAACGUU